AUGGGUUUCCCCUUGUUUGAUCUCCCGGAUGAGUUGAUCGUGCAGGUUCUGUGUCAGUUAAGCCCAUGGGACAUAAAUCGUGUCUUUGAUAUCCCAGAAAUGGCACAAAGGUUCAAGAAAUUUGUGAGGUUGGUCACUCAAGCUGAUCCAAUAAUCUUUAGUAAUAUCCCAGUGGAAUCACAGCUAAGAUUUGAUCCUAAAAAAGAUGAUGAAUUACCAACAGGUGGUCUUUUAAGGUUAUUUGAAGUUGUGGAUUUCCAUCCAUUUAUUAAGAAAAUUUCUAAAAAAAUUGAUGAUGAUGUUCCCAAAAUGCUUGUUGUUCAUGAUGAUCCAUAUCUUAGAAUACUUGCUGCUGAUUUUGAUCAAAACGAUGAUGCUAUAUCAAAUCAUGCUUUUGAAAAACUGGUUGAAAAUCAUUCAAAACAAAAUCCAAGAUUAUUUAAACAAUUAUUCUUCACCACUGUUUUGAGAUUAGAUGAAGUUAAUCUUGAACUUGAUCCAUCAUCUUUAUAUUUCCCUAAUUUACAUCAUGCUUUAUUUGACUCAUGUACAAGUGCAGAUGAAUCAAGAAAAUUUUAUUUCCCAAAAUUAGUUACACUUGAUUAUAAUGGGAUUGGUUAUAAAUCAUUUUCAAAAUCUUUAAAUUUUAAUAGUUUAACUGAAAUUUUCCUAUCAAAUAUUGAUGACAAAGUUCAUUUUGCAAAUAUUACAUUCCCAAAUUUAACAAGUUUAACCGUUUUAAAUAAAAAUUCAAGAUCAAUACAUCAUUCGGCAUAUAUUAAAAAUUGCAAAUUCCCAGAAUUGAAAUUUUUUGAAGUUGAUACAUCUGGUGUCAUCGUAAUCGAUAGAUCAGAAUUCCCAGGUUUACAUACAAUAAGAUUUAAAACUCUUCUUGAAAUAAUAUUGCUAGAAUUUGAACUACCAGAGUUACAAUAUAUUGAAUUAGAAUCUAAAACCUUUUUAGUGCAAAAUGUGCAAAAUUUUCCUAAAUUAAAACAUUUAUACUUGGAUGUUGAGAAUUUUGAAGCUCCUCAAAAUAAAGAGUUCUUCCAAUCAGUGUCUAGUAUAUGGGUAAAUAACCAUUUUUUGAAAUUUUUAAAAUUUUUAGGUGAUACAAAUCAUAUCAGAUAUUUUGGUGCUAGAGUAUAUGAGAAAGAUAUACCUUUGAUUCCUGAAAUGGAUGAAUUGAAUGUCAAGACAGCAGAAUUAAUACUUAUGGGUGAAGAACUCAACAAAAUUCCUAAACUGAAUACCCCAAAACUUAAAUUUUUAAAAGUUACUACAUUUGCUUUGGAAAAAUUGGACAAUUUGGAAAUUGAUUAUCCAAAUAUAGAAGAUCUUACUCUUAUAUGUAAUGAUACAAAACUUGGAUCUGAAAAUUUUAAUCAUCCAAAUUUGAAAAGUUUGAAAUUGGAUAUAACAACUCAACCAUUAGAUUUUAAUGGAAGUUUUGAUAAUUUAGAGACAAUAUUCAUUCAUAGAGAUAAUAAGGCCAAAAACUUACAACACAUUGAGGAACCAGUUACAAUUAAUCUUAAAGCUCCAAAUUUACUUUCAUUAGUUUUUGAUUAUCUUGAAAUUGAUACUUUAACUUUAUUAGAUUUCCCCAAACUUCAAAAAUUAACAGUUUCAUCAAUGAAAAAUUUAAUUGCACCAAAUUUAAUCUCAUUAAUUGAUCUUGAAAUAAUUGGUUCAGAUAUGGAAUUAUUAAAAUUAAGAGCCCCAAAUCUUGAAACUUUUGAUCCUUUCAAUACAAUGGUUCAUACAUUAGAAAUGGAUACUGGAUUCGGUUUAUCAUCAGAGUUGAAAAGAGAAAAAUUUGGUUCAGAUUAUAAACCAGAACUUGAAGAUAUUAUAGAUUAUGCUCCUUGGUAUAUUGAUUCUCAUCUUGAAAAAAUUAUAGAAGAUCUUCCAUAUUAUGAAAAAUAUAGUGAAAUUCAACCUGAAUUAUUUGAAUUUGAAGGAAAAAUUCGACAAAUUGAUCUUCAAUCAGAAUCAUUGAAUAAUGAUGAGCGUGACAUCGUAUGGUAG